AUGUCCAACCUGCCAGUUGAACCGGAGUUCGAGCAGGCCUAUAAAGAACUCGCCUCGUCACUCGAGAACUCGACCCUCUUCCAGAAACGCCCGGAAUAUAAGAAGGCACUCCUGGUUGCAUCUAUCCCUGAGCGUACGAUUCAAUUCCGUGUCACAUGGGAAGAUGACAAGGGCCAAUUCAACUCGGCCCUCGGCCCGUACAAGGGUGGUCUGCGAUUUCAUCCAACAGUCAACAUGUCCAUAUUGAAGUUCCUGGGUUUCGAGCAGAUCUUCAAAAAUGCCCUCACAGGCUUGAACAUGGGUGGUGGCAAGGGAGGCGCUGACUUCGAUCCAAAGGGAAAAUCGGACAAUGAGAUUCGGAAGUUCUGCAGCGCCUUCAUGAUGGAGUUAAGCAAGCACAUUGGUGCUGAUGUUGAUGUCCCCGCUGGUGAUAUUGGAGUUGGAGGUCGCGAGAUCGGAUUCCUUUUCGGUGCAUACAAGAGACAGAGGCACAUUUGGGAGGGUGUGCUGACUGGGAAGGGAAACAGCUGGGGAGGAAGCUUGAUUCGACCGGAGGCGACUGGAUACGGCCUCGUCUAUUAUGUCCAACAUAUGAUCAAGCACGCCACAAAUGGCCUGGAGAGUUUUGCAGGUAAACGUGUAGCUAUAUCUGGCUCUGGGAAUGUAGCUCAAUAUGCUGCUCUCAAGGUGAUCGAGUUUGGCGGUAUUGUUGUCUCCCUUAGCGACAGCAACGGCAGUUUCGUUGUCCGGGAUGGGUCAGACUCCUCAAUCACACCAGAAGGGGUCCGUACGAUCAUGGCACUCAAGGAUGAGAGGAAGCCACUUUCCGAAAUUGCCAGCCACGAAGCCUUUGUCGACCGAUGCGAAUAUAUCGCUGGUGCAAGACCGUGGGUCCAUGUCGGCAAAGUCGAUGUCGUGCUUCCAUGCGCAACCCAGAACGAAGUCUCCGGCGAAGAGGCAAAGGUUCUUGUCGCCAACGGCGCACGCUUCAUCGCUGAAGGAUCCAACAUGGGUUGCACAUUAGAAGCCAUUGAGCACUUCGAGACGCAUAGAGAGCAGCAUAAGCGUGAUCAGGGCGCAGUGUGGUAUGCGCCCGGAAAGGCAGCGAAUGCGGGAGGAGUGGCAGUGAGUGGGUUGGAGAUGGCGCAGAACUCUCAGAGACUGACGUGGAGCGCGGAGGAGGUGGAUGGGAAGCUACAGGCUAUCAUGGAGGGGUGCUUUGAGACUGGGCUGAAGACCGCAAAGGAGUACACCAACGUGAAUGACGACAACUUGCCUUCAUUGGUGGCAGGAAGCAACAUUGCUGGUUUCAUCAAAGUAUCUGAAGCCAUGCGAGCUCACGGUGAUUGGUUCUGA